CUUCGACCUCGACAUCUCAACUUACGUCCAGUCAUACACUUUUAUCGCAAUAUCGUUUCGCAUCGAUUUUCCUAAGCUCCACCGACCGACCCGAUUAAAUCGCGACGUGCGCCUCGAACAGCCCAGCUCGUCUGUCGCCGCUGACGCCCGACCGUGGACGCGCCGUCUUUGCUCGUUACAGGAGUACAGCCUCGGACACGUCGCUACAGCUUCAUCAGAGGCUUUGGUGAUCGCAUCCGCGUUGUUCUCCCGUUCGAGCUUGCUCGGCCCCCGACCUGUGCAGACACUACGUGGCAGCACGUCUGGUGGUAAUCGCAGCUCCGCACGUCACGAAAAUCACACUCGAGUCAAGGCUGCUCUUCCGCAAAGCCUGGGUGGGUGGGUUCGCAUGUUUCGCUACAACAUCGCGGGAAAAGUGUUUUUCUCUUUUUUGGUUUGAGAAGUGCUAACUCUUGUCUAGGCUACACACAUUUAGUGCGCCCUCAACCAUGGCUACCCGUGCCGAGAUGGACCAUCUGGCUUCGAAACUCUCAACGCUCAACACAUUUUCAUGGGUUGUGAGGGGGCUCCCUGUUGUCGCAAUCAUGCAAGGAGAAGGCCCACGUGUCGCCGAAACGCUAGGUCAGCCACUUGACAAAAAUGGAGCUGGACACGUCUUACGCCUCUGGAUCGGUGUGGACCGGACCUCGAUGGACCUGUUUAUAACAUUGACCAUGCGCAUCAAGGUCUCACAAAAGCGACUGAGACCUGGCGCGGGCCGUCUUAUGUAUCUCGUGGUCCCGGCAGAGCAUCUCCUUCUGCAAAAUGCCUUGGUUGAUUAUGGUGACAACCUCCCCCUGGGCAUCUUUGACAUGCCUACUGAUCUCGCAACCGGAAACUACAAGCUCAUGCAAAUGUCGUUCGAUAUUUCUUCAGUCAAGAGCAGGGUGAUAAUGCCGGAGUAUGAAUUCAAGACGACACCGCCCGCGCAAUCGUUAGCAAUGCUCCGCACAUUGAAACGCCUUUCCACUUCACGUCACUUCGAUCUUUAUGCAAAUCCUGAUGAGAACUUUGACCGUGGUGUUAGAGACGCCUGUGACAUGCUUUCAAGUAAUCAGGGUCGACGGGUCAAGACUCCUACUGUAUACCUCAAAGCUCUGUAUCCCGGUAAUCGACCUGGUGGUAUCAAUCUCUGGUCCAAUCAAGGCAUACCUGAAGAUGAACCCUCUUCUGAUGAGAAACGCGAUGCGACCACGUCCUCCGCACUUGGGCCGCCAACUGCUUCUGUCAUUCAGCUGCCUCCUUACGAGCCGCCUUCCACCAUUCCUCCCACAGCGUCUAAUCGAGAGGGGACUGCUAUCCAUCCUGCACCUGAAGACAUCAAGUCUGGGUUCGUUGCAGUACAACCGCCACUGGAACCCGAUGGUUACUUUUCGUCUCUGCUUCCCUCGUCUCCACCAGUAGCUCAAUUUUCGCUUUCUCCCAGCUAUUCUGCGACCUUUUUGUCAAGCAUGUUCACACCGGUUGAUACGACCGCAGAUCCACCCGUGUAUACCGUAAAGGCAUUCCCAGAUUUAUUGCCUGCGACAGCAAUGCAACCCGAGGCUUCGAAACACAGAAUCCAACGACUGGCGAGCGUAAGCUUCGACGUUGAGGUCGCUGCAUCUUUACCAGUGGUCGGCACACCCGAGUGUACGCCUAGCGCAUCCGAUCCUUCAGUGCGAGUCACAGAUUCACUCAAGCGCAACCGUAGUCUACGAUAUUCACGCACUGAUGUGGGCAACAGCGAAGACCUACCAUCUAAGAAAACAUUCGCCGCCGAUCGCACUCUUAGUCGUCGAGUACAUUCUAUGCAAGAACUGUUUGGAUCUGACAUUGUGCUCGUCUCCCCAACUGUGGUAGACAGUGCUCCACCAUUCCUUAAACAGACCACAAUCAGUGAGGGAGAUGCUGAUAGAGAGACGGAGGAAGAAGAGGCUGCUCCCAUGACAGAAUGGCUUACAGAAGCCUGGAAGUACUGUCCGGAUGCAUACCGCCUUCUCAAUGCUGAGCUUUCGUGGUUCGGGUCUGCUUUGGCUUGUGGCGCUAACGCGAGGGUCAUAGCUGACUGCCAUCUCAGCUGCACCCUUGCUCUCAUCCGACAUUGUACAAGGAUAGCAAUCGCACCAUCCCCUGGUGCCACAGGAUCGACGGACAAGAAUCUCGUCAGAGAUGCUGAUCUUGCCACCUUGGUCACAUGGCUCUGCGAACUACAUCUAGGAGCUGACAUGAAGUUGUUUCCUGCUCUGCUGGAUUUAUCACUACUAGGGCAAAGGAUAUUUCGUAUGAGUCCUAGAGCCGUGGGGCUUGAUGCCUUAAAGUGCCAAUACAUCCGUCAGAAAGCAGCAAUUGUAAGUCGCGCUUAUCUUCGGUUUGGCCAGCAGCCAGAUUGUGAUGAUCACGGGAUAGUUGCAAGAAUCAGUGCGUGAUAGUGCUGGUCUUGCUCAUUGACUUAUCUCUUGCAAUGCACGUGAAGACUCUAUACGGUUUUACUCUUUCUUGCUUUUACCAUUUUCUAUGGAUCAUAUCUCUUUCUUUUAUCUCACUGGUAUGAUGAUAACAUAUAGCUUAGCUAUCUAGGAUAUUGGCCUGC